GGAUUCAGCUCAGUUCGGUUAAGUCACCUUAUGGAGUAAUUGACUUAAAGAUGGAGUGAUUUUAUGAUGAGGGGAUGCUGAUGGUUGGAUUUUUGCGCACAAACCCGCAGAACGCACCAGAGGAGUCUGCGUCAAGACAAAACCCCGCAUGGAGGAACGCUCGCGCGUCUCCAGCUGUGCGCUCGUGUUUCCCCGCACCCGCCACUUUCUGCUGCGGGUCCUUCCCUCCUGUCAGUCACAGCUGACUGAGGCGCGGAUUGGUGUCGCGCGGCCCCGCAGCGCGCAGGCUCCUCCUCUCCGCCGGAGCCCUGCCUGCGCUGCGCUUGUUGCAGAGAGCGCGGAAGGUUUGUGCGCUCUCGGAGGAACGCAGAUGAAGUUGUAGGGUGGAGGAUUUGGAGGACAUCCAGGCUGCCGGAGGAGGAGAAAACUGGAUUUGUAAGUUGUUUUGGAGCCAGCAGAAAGUGUCGGAGACAUCCGGACGAGUUUGUGGCGUUUGACUGACUGGGAGACCACGCAUACCCAACAGUAUGCGGUGCAGUUAUGGCAGGCAAGGGUAACACAGUCGUGAGGACGCUGGAGGAUUUAACGCUUGACUCUGGUUAUGGUGGAGCCGCGGACUCGGUCAGGUCGUCUAGCGUGUCGCUGUGCUGCUCCGACACGCAUCCGUCCUUCGCGCAUGGGGGCAACUGCUGGCAUCUGACGGAAUCCAUGCACAGCAGACACAACAGUUUGGACACGGUCAACACCGUCCUGGCGGAGGACACGGAGAUCCUGGAGUGCGCGGGCCACUGCGCCAAGCUGCCCGAGCUGGAGGACGCGCCGUGGAGCCUCGGCGAGGUGGAGGGCGCGCUGAGGAAGGACGAGGAGCUGAUGGUGGGCGACCCGCCGCCGGAGUUCCUGGCGCGCCUGUCGGCGCUCAUCAGCCGCGCGCUGGUGCGCGUGGCGCGCGAGGCGCAGCGGCUCAGCCUGCGCUACGCCAAGUGCACCAAGCACGAGAUCCAAAGCGCCGUGAAGAUCGUGCUCUCGUGGACCAUCUCCGUCAACUGCAUCACGGCGGCUCUCAGCGCGCUGUCGCUCUACAACAUGAGCACCGGCGACAAGUUCAGCCGGGGCAAGUCCGCGCGCUGCGGGCUGGUCUUCUCCGUGGGCAAGUUCUUCAGGUGGAUGGUGGACAGCCGGGUGGCCCUGCGCAUCCACGAGCACGCAGCCAUCUACCUGGCCGCCUGCAUGGAGAGCCUGGUCAGGGAGGUGUUCAGCCGCGUGCUGCGCAGCGCGCUGGUGGAGAGGGACAACGGGGUCCCCAAGUUCACGCUGGAGUCCAUGGAGCAGGCGAUCAACAGCGACUCGGAGAUCUGGGGUCUGCUGCAGCCCUACCAGCACCUCAUCUGUGGCAAGAACUCCAGCGGAGUGCUGAGCCUGCCGGAGAGUUUGAACCUUCACCGGGACCAGCAGCGCUCGGGGAGGGGCGGCGAGAGUCACGGAUACACCCAGGCUGAGCUCCGGACCCUGGAGCAGUCGCUGCUCGCUACCCGGGUGGGCAGCAUCGCAGAACUCAGUGAUCUGGUUACCAGGGCGAUGCAUCACCUCCAGCCUCUGCACAUCAAGAACCCCAGCAACGGGACUCCGGUCCACCAGAAGACCCCGCCCACGGUGCACUGGGAGCCCGAGGCCCUCUACACCCUGUGUUACUUCAUGCACUGCCCACAGAUGGAAUGGGAGAACCCCAAUGUGGAACCCUCCAAAGUCACCUUACAAACUGAGAGGCCGUUUCUGGUGCUGCCCCCCCUGAUGGAGUGGAUCCGGGUGGCGGUGGCCCACACCGAACAUCGGCGGAGCUUUUCCGUGGACAGCGAUGACGUACGGCAGGCGGCGAGGCUCCUGCUUCCCGGCGUGGACUGUGAACCUCGACAGAUAAAAGCGGAGGAUUGUUUCUGCGCCACCAGGAAGCUGGACGCCGCCUCCACAGAGGCCAAGUUCCUGCAGGACCUGGGAUUCAGGAUGCUCAACUGCGGACGCACCGACCUGGUCAAGCAGGCCGUCAACCUACUGGGACCCGACGGCAUCAACAGCAUGAGCGAACAGGGCAUGACCCCCCUCAUGUAUGCCUGCGUCCGCGGGGACGAGGCCAUGGUCCAGAUGCUGCUGGACGCCGGCGCCGACAUCAACAGCGAGGUGCCCAGCACAGUAAACAAGCACCCCUCAGUUUAUCCUGAAACGCGCCAGGGGACGCCACUCACUUUCGCCGUGUUACACGGACACGUCCCCGUCGUGCAGCUGCUGCUGGACAACAGAGCGAACGUGGAGGGCGCCCUGCAGGAUGGGGCGGAGAACUACACCGAGACGCCGCUACAGCUCGCCGCUGCGGCAGGAAACUUUGAGCUGGUGAGCUUGCUUCUGGAACGAGGGGCCGACCCGCUCAUCGGUACCAUGUGUCGAAACGGCAUCUCCUCGGCUCCUCUGGGAGACAUGAACUCGUUCAGCUUGGCAGCAUCGCAUGGCCACAGGAAUGUCUUCCGGAAGCUUCUCUCCAGCUCCGAGAAGGAGAAGGGGGACGUUCUGUCUCUGGAGGAGAUCCUGGCCGAGGGUUCGGAUCCCGCCGAGAAGAGGCUGGCCCCCCAGGCCAACUGCGGAGGGACCCUGCGAACAGGAAAGGCCAGACUGAGGGCCCUGAGAGAGGCCAUGUACCAUAGUGCAGAGCAUGGCCAUGUGGACAUCACCAUAGACAUCCGCAGCUUAGGCGUUCCCUGGACGCUGCACACCUGGCUGGAGUCCCUGCGCACCAGCUUCAUCCAGAACCGCCGGCCGCUGAUCCAGGGCCUGCUCAAAGACUUCAGCUGCAUCCAGGAGGACGAGUACACGGAGGAGCUGAUCACGCACGGCCUGCCGCUCAUGUUCCAGAUCCUCCGAUCCAGCAAGAACGAGGUGAUCAGCCAGCAGCUGUCGGUCAUCUUCACGCAGUGUUACGGGCCCUUCCCCAUCCCAAAGCUGACCGAGAUCAAGAGGAAGCAGACGUCCCGCCUGGACCCUCAUUUCCUGAACAACAAGGAGAUGUCUGACGUCACCUUCCUGGUUGAGGGGAAACCCUUUUAUGCACACAAAGUUCUACUCUUUACAGCGUCACCCAGGUUCAAGACCCUGCUCCAGAACAGACCGGCAGCAGAAAACACCUGCAUCGAGAUCAGCCACGUCAAAUACAACAUUUUCCACCUGGUCAUGCAGUAUCUGUACUGUGGAGGCACCGAGACUUUGCACAUCCGCAACACAGAAGUCAUGGAGCUCCUGUCUGCAGCCAAAUUCUUCCAGCUAGAAGCCCUACAGAGACACUGUGAGAUCAUCUGCUCCAAGAACAUCACCACCGAAACCUGCGUGGACCUUUACAAGCACGCCAAAUUCCUUGGUGCCUCUGAACUGACGGCUUUCAUCGAGGGCUACUUCCUGAAGAAUAUGGUGCUCCUGAUUGAACUGGACGGCUUUAAGCAGCUCCUGUACGAGCCCGCACCUCCCGAGAGCCCCGCGUCCAGCCCGGGCAUUUGCUCCGACAUCCUCCUGGACCUGGAGAAGACUUUAGCCACUCGCAUCCACUCCAUCCACCUUUCCACGUCCAAAGGCUCCGUCGUGUGACCCUCCGAUUAGGCAUCCGCCUCCCCCAAAACCCCCCAAAGCCGAGGCAGAAUUUUAAGAAGUUUCAAUGCCAGAAGUUCCCUUUAAGUCUGCAGCUGCCUGAGGGUGAAUGUCGGCAUUUGUGAGGAGGCCCUUUCCACGUUCACCUCCAUGAGUUCAGAAAAUUUCUAUUUCAUAACUGCAUGGAAGACACACUUUUUUCACUCAGAUUAGGAAUUUUAACUUUGCAGCUUCGUCAUUAUCAUCUGUGGCGCCAGAAACAGAGCGGACGCCAUCCGCCGGCCUGAAUUGAAUCCAACUAUACAACCAACAGACGUGAUUAGUAGCAAUGCCAGCAGGCAGACCUUUAGGAGGACGUUUCAUCUUCUGUGUCGGACGCUUUUCACUGUGUUAUAUCUACUGUGUGCAGAGGCCAAACGGAUCACAGGAACUUCCAGCACUCAUUCAACUCCACACGUUUUGCAGAAAUCUAUGCUGAUUUAUGCUUGGGAAAAAAAAAAUCAACGAGACGGGCUCUUUGUUUUUGCAUGAAGCCCUCUCCCGUUGGCUCCUCCCAUUUUUUUGGAGAACUCACUGCUCUGUAGCCGCACUGCAGAUGGAAGCGGGAAUAGGGUUCAAGCAACGUGUAAAUAUGU